AUGUAUAUUGUUUCUAUUACUUUGGAAAUUUGGAAUACCAAAGGAACAUUAAAUGCAGCAAGAGUAUUUCUUGCUAUUGACUACGUUUUAUGGUUUAUACGUCUAUUAAUAUUAUUAAUGAUCGAUCGUACGAUUGGGUCAAUACUUUUAAUGAUUCAAGCUAUGCUUAAUGAUAUGAUGACAUUCUUUUCGAUAUUCUUUGUCUUUACAUCGGCAUAUGGUGCAGCUUCAUUUUGGCUGUUACAAAGUGGAGAAAUCCCAUUUGGUGUUGCGAUUUUUCGAAAAAUUUUUCAUGCUGCUUAUUGGUAA